GAUUCAGCCCACAGGAAAGUGACAGUCCUCUCCUAACAGGCCACAGGCAGUACACAACCUGCCUUGGACUCUCACUGUUGAUCAGGAAACUACCUCUGCCACCUGGCUAAAGUUACCAGCUGUUGCUUCUGUCUCUUCCCAACUUUUCUUUUUUUUUUUUUUUUUUAAAGUGGAUUUUGGAGCAAUCUGCUUCAUGUUUGAAGAUUAGUUUCAACUUGAAGUUCUGUUGGGCCGCAGACAGUCUUUUAAUAAUCACAAUAACAGGCUUUAAAAACGCCACCUCUCCACUGGUGGAAUGGACUAAGGUGACAAAGUGUGAGUAACUAAACGGGCAGAGCGCAGAGAGGACUACGCGGGGGUGCAGACUUCACACUUGGGAUGACGUUCAACCACAAGAAACUUCAGGCAACUCUGGAAGGAGGGCAAAGGAACUGAAGGAGCCUCAUCACUAUUGUGCAAUUGUCUUUCUUUAGAGUUGGACGCUAACUCAUGGAGCCCCCUUCAAUGAUCCUGCUAGGGCUCCUUCUAGUUUAUGGACUAGCCUGUGGAGUCCAGCAGACGCUGGGGAGUCAGUCAGACGGCAGCCGUGGCAGGGGCGGCACCCAAGAAUUUGAGAGCAGUGAGGAUGGUCUGGAAAGAGAUUUUAUCUACGCUGGAAGGAGCAAACGUGCUGCAGCUGACCAGCAGCAGGACAAAUGCUCCUACACGUUCAUUGUACCUCAGCAAAAAGUGACUGGAGCCAUCUGCGUCAACUCCAAGGAGCCAGAGGCCAUGCUGGAGAAUCGGGUCAACAAGCAAGAAUUAGAGCUGCUUAAUGUGGAACUGCAGAAACAGAAGAGGCAGAUCGAAACCCUGCAGCAGUUAGUGGAGGUGGAUGGAGGUAUUGUCAAUGAGGUCAAGCUUCUGAGGAAAGAGAGUCGAAACAUGAACUCCAGAGUCACUCAGCUGUACAUGCAGCUGCUCCAUGAGAUCAUCAGGAAGAGGGACAAUGCUCUAGAAUUGGCACAGAUGGAGAACAAGAUCUUGAACCAAACCUCUGAGAUGCAGCAGCUCACCAGUCGAUACAAAGACCUUGAGCACAAAUACCAGCACUUGGCUUCUUUAGCCACUAACCAGUCAGCUCUUAUUGCCUUGUUGGAGGAGCAGUGCCGGAGUCGACCUCCUCCUCGUCACGUUCCUGUCCCCCAGCCGCGGCCUCAGCCACCACCACCACCACCAUCACCCCCUAUUAAUAAGCCUUACCAACCACCUGUCAUUCCACGUAUCAACAACCCAAUCAGCAAUGAGAUCCAGAGCGACCAAAAGUCUCUACCACCACUUCUUCCAACAAUGCCUGCUGGUACACAUAGCCCAUCCACCACUGACAAGCCCUCUGGUCCAUUUAGAGACUGUCUGCAGGCACUAGAAGAAGGCCACACAGCCAGCGGCAUGUUCCUGGUCAAGCCGGAGAACGCCAACCGACUCAUGCAAGUGUGGUGUGACCAGAGGCAUGACCCAGGUGGCUGGACUGUGAUCCAGAGGAGGGUGGACGGCUCUGUCAACUUUUUCAGGAACUGGGAGACAUACAAGCAAGGUUUUGGCAAUAUUGACGGCGAGUACUGGCUGGGCCUAGAGAACAUCUACUGGCUGACUAACCAGGGGAACUACAAACUGCUGGUCACGCUGGAGGACUGGUCUGGCAGAAAGGUGUUUGCAGAGUAUGCCAGCUUCAGGGUGGAGCCUGAGGCCGAUUUCUACAAGCUGAGGGUGGGCCGCUACCAUGGAAAUGCUGGAGACUCGCUCACCUGGCACAACGGCAAACAGUUCACAACACUGGAUAGAGACCAUGAUGCAUACACAGGAAAUUGUGCCCAUUACCAGAAGGGAGGUUGGUGGUAUAACUCCUGUGCCCACUCAAAUCUGAAUGGAGUUUGGUACAGAGGAGGUCACUACCGCAGCCGCUACCAAGAUGGAGUCUACUGGGCAGAGUUCAGAGGAGGAGCUUACUCGUUAAAGAAAGUAGUCAUGAUGAUCCGUCCAAACCCAAACACCUUCCACUGAGCAUCUAAGGAACAUAUACCAUACUGUAUGCCUCUGUAAACAAAAAUAUUUACAGGCUUUAAUUUUUUGUUUUAUUUUAUUUUAUUUUUUUUUUUUUUUACAUUUUUGGAGUAGUACCAGGUCAAUGUCAGUUGACAAAGAGUCAGACAAAAGUGCAAUAUCAAAACAUUAGGGCAACACUCAUCUCCAUAACACAGCCCAGUAUCAACCCAGGCAAAGCGUGCAAUGGAAAUGCAGAUCCACUGAGUCUGUUUCAUGCUUUGUCUCUCUCUAGAUGUGAAACGUAGACACAUGCUGAAUUUGCACUAAGUUGCAGUGAGUUGCAGUACCAGCAUGGGGGCAAUAUUUAAUUUCCAGCCAACAACAUUCUACCACCUUUCUCCUGAUUAUCAGCCAUUUAAACGAUACUACACUAUGAGUAUUGUUUAAUAAAAACAAAAGACGAUACGAUAGGAUUAUGGAGGCCACAUUUGUAUGCAUUUCAGCCAUCUAGCUUGUUACCUUUAAAUAAAAUGUCACACCCUGGUGGUACUGCAACUUACUGCAGCUUCAGCAUGCGUGUCCAUGUCACGGCUAGGACAGGCAAAGCGUGACAUCCGCACAAUGUCGUCUAGUGCCUGGGCGGCUCUAUCACACGCUUUGCCGCGAUACUGGGUUGCAUAAGAAGCUCACAAAUUUGCGCCCUGCUUUUCUAAGGUGUGCACAUUCUUAGCAUAAUAUAUGAGACAAAUUAAGGCAUGCUCAUUGCUCAGGAGUUAUUUUCGAUACGCAAGAACCGUAGGUGAUACUUUAGGAUGUGAAGGAGUAAGUAAGUAGCUUUGAGAUAGGAACCCUACAAUAUAUAAAGCUGACACAGGAAUUGUAUCCAGUGAUCUUUUCAUUUCAUUUGUUUUUCAAAAGUGCAAUUUGUAGGAACAGUUACAUUUAUUAACUUGUAAUAGAGCCUUGAUUUUUGGCCAGUUUUUUUUUUUUUCAUUUAGAAAAAAUGUACAGUUCAUAUACCCCACAACCUUUUUUUUCCCUUUCCUUGUCUUUCUUAUUCUUUUUUAUUGUUUUUUAAGAAAACUAAAACUGUCAGUGAAUAUGAAUACCUGAUUGAUAGUAUUUUAUGGAACUUUUUUUUAAAAAGAUGAACUCAAUACCAAAAUUUGCAGAGGUACAUUCUUUUCAACCUCCUGUUUUGUUUUUAAUACUCGUUUUGAAAUCUUGAAUAGCUUGAGCAGGUAUCAUAAAUUUGCUUGUAUAAAUCAAGCACUGUAUUUACUGUAUAAAUCUCGCGGUUUGUUGAUGUCAACAGAUCCAACAAAUGGCGUUUGUACAUAAGAAAUCUGUAAAAUAAUGUAUUAAAAAUGUGUCAUGACACUUUAAAUUGCAAUAAAAUAUG